UAGCAAAUAAACUGUGACAAAAUCGUGUCUAACAUUUUUAUGUGCUAAAAGAGUUUGCAUUUUGCAGUUGUUCUACACCAGCAACCAGAGUACCAAACAACAAAAGUAAUAUCACUAAAAUUCUCCAAGCUUGCUGUAGGUCCGGAACAAUUUGCAAAUGAGGCAUUCUUCUGGCGCCAAUCCCUCGUCGUUGAUGACGGAUUUCCUGAAGCAGUCUGGCGGUGUAGCCGUCAUCGACGGUGGUCUAGCGACGGAACUUGAACGACACGGCGCUGACCUCAAUGAUCCACUCUGGAGUGCCAAGUGUCUUCUCACUUCUCCUCACCUUAUCCGUAUGGUGCACCUUGACUAUCUUGAAGCUGGUGCUGAUAUUAUUAUCACAGCUUCUUAUCAGGCCACCAUUCAGGGAUUUGAAGCAAAAGGUUUCUCUAGUGCAGAAAGUGAAGCCUUGCUUAAAAAAAGUGUGGAAAUUGCCUGUGAGGCAAGAGAGGUUUAUCAUGACAAAUGCCUAGCAGGAGCUUGUGAUGAUAAUAAUGACGGCAGGGUUUUGAAAAAGCGGCCUAUUUUAGUUGCAGCUUCUGUUGGCAGCUAUGGAGCGUAUUUGGCUGAUGGAUCUGAGUACAGUGGAGACUAUGGUGAGGCUGUUACCCUGGGCACAUUGAAAGAUUUUCAUCGCAGAAGGGUUCAGGUAUUGGCAGAAGCAGGUGCUGACCUCAUAGCAUUUGAAACAGUUCCAAAUAGGGUAGAAGCUCAGGCAUAUGCUGAGCUUUUAGAGGAGGAAGACAUAAAGGUUCCUGCAUGGUUCUCUUUUAACUCUAAAGAUGGUAUCAACGUGGUUAGCGGUGAUUCUUUGCUUGAAUGCGCCUCAAUUGCUGAAUCAUGUAGGAAAGUCAUUGCUGUGGGAAUCAAUUGCACACCUCCUAGCUUUAUUCAUGGACUGAUUUUAUCUAUCAAGAAGGUGACCUCCAAACCAAUACUUAUUUAUCCAAACAGUGGGGAGAGUUAUGAUGCUGAUCGCAAGGAGUGGGUGCAAAAUACUGGGGUAACAGAUGAAGAUUUUGUGUCAUAUGUAAAUAAAUGGUGCGAGGUUGGGGCUUCACUGGUAGGAGGUUGUUGUAGAACAACCCCAAAUACUAUCAGAGCUAUUUACAGGACUCUGUCCAAUAGAUCUCCUGAUAUGCCAUUGUAGCAAAUGCCUCAUUUCACGCCGGCAGAAUCCAAAGCUGCUGAAACUGGCGUAUAAUUUUUGCUUUAAGCUGCAACGUGGAGAGGAUACCAUAAACUAUGUAUAAGGCGGGAAUAUCACUUGCUUACAGGAUUAGUUGUGAGGAUUACUAUUGCGAGCCUUGUCUACUGUUUACUUUGAUUUAGGUUUUCCCCACUGAAAUGCCAACUCUAUGGUAUUUUUUCACAUUUUUAUGUUUUUUCUUCCGGUAAUAGAACUCCUGGAAUCAAACUACUCAAAUUGAUCUUAUUACUAUUCUCAUAUAAAAGAAAAUCAUUUGUUUGGUUUGCCA